GAAGAAGGAGAAGAGGCAGUCGCCACGGUAGAAGAAGGAGGAGAAGGUCGAGUCUGAAGAAAGUGAGAGUUUGUCUGUGGAGCGUCCCGCUGGGUCUACAGCGCGUCAUGGAUGCAGUGAAGGAGGGUCCCAAGAGCUCCCUCAGCUCUGGGAAAAUGGUGGCUCUGGCUGCGGGGCUCUCUGUUGGGGCCACGGUGGGCUACAUCGUCUAUCGCCACAUAAGCAGCACCAGCAGCAGUAAGGAGCCCGACGUUGAGACCUCAAAGAUGACACUUCCUGUAGAAGUUUACAGGAACAUGUCGAGAUACCAAGCCAAGUUCUUGGAAAUGGUGACCCAGAAGUCUGGAGCCCAAGUGAGAGUCUUGUCAGACUCGGGGGCUGUGUGCUUCCUGCUGCAGGGCUCGAAGGAACAGAUCUUUCUGGCUCGCUGUGUCCUGGAGAACCUGGUCACAGACUGUGAACCAGUCACUGAGACUCUGGAGGUCCCUCAGACGGCCUUCGGACGUAUAAUAGGUCGUGGAAGAGAGAGUCUGAAACUGAUCACCAGGACCACAGGGGCCAAAGUGGCUUGUUCCGAAGAGAAGACCCAAGGUCCGUCGACAAAGGGCAACAUAACAAUCACUGGGACCAAACAGGAGGUGAAUCAGGCUAAGGAGCUGAUUCUUGAAAAGGUCAGAGAGGACAUGAUGGUGAGGACAAAGAUCUCCCAGUCAUCUGCUCUACGCCACAAACGUGGCCACACUGGUAUACAUCAGCAGGCAGACAUCACAGAGGCAGAAGAGCCAGUGGGUUUAAACAACAAUGGUCCCUACCCCCAGACGGAGAAGAAUGGGAUCAUUCAUGCCAGUGGAACCACAGGAGAGCCAGAAAGUAAUGUUGACAAGAUGGAGGAGCUAAGAAUCAGCAACACCGACAACAAGGAAGAGGAGGAGGAGGAGGAGGAGGAGAGUAUUUCCACAGACUCACUGUCUGAAGUCUCCAAGUUUGAAAUUCCCAGCCCAGACCUGAGCUUCCAGCCUGACGAACAUCUAGAGGUUUAUGUCUCUGCGUCAGAGAACCCAAACCACUUCUGGAUCCAGAUCCUGGGGGUUCGCUCCCUCCAGCUUGACAAACUUGCACAGGAGAUGAACCGCUUCUACAACAGCGGCAACCCCACAGAGCAGAGGGUGGAGACCAUUGUGGUAGGGGACAUUGUGGCUGCUCCAUACCAGGACCACGGUACAUGGAACAGGGCCAGGGUCCUGGGAAUUCAGAGCUCUGGACUAGUGGACCUUUACUUUGUGGACUUUGGGGACAACGGGGAACUGCCCAGAGACAGCCUCCGCCAUAUGAGGAGUGACUUCCUCAGCUUACCUUUCCAAGCUAUUGAGUGCAACUUAGCAGGAGUGAGACCAAAAGGGGAGAUGUGGACUGAGGCUGCCCUGGAUGAGUUUGAUCAACUGACUUACUGUGCUUCCUGGAAACCCCUGCAGGCCAAACUGUGCAGCUACUCGCACUCUGAGCUGUCCUCCUGGCCCAGUGUUAAGCUCUUUGUCAACAGCGAGGGCAAGACUGUAGAUAUAGGCGAGGAGCUGAUUCGGCGGGACCAUGCUGUCAGCUUCCAGGAGCUGGCAAAUGGGACGACGGAGGGGGGCAAUCUGGGCUGCCUGCAGAGGAUGCUGGAUGAUGUGAUAGGAGCAUCAUCAGAGCUUAGUCUCUCCUGUAUCAGCUUGUCAGAAGUUGGCUCUAUCUCAGGAAGUGUCGAUGAUGUCAUAGAGGACGAGCUGCUCUGAGACCAAAGACGCACCUACAUAUCAAGCACUGACCAUCCAUUCCUCUGCACCAGUUCUAGUGAGAUGAAGGGGAUUCCUUGUCCAACCCAACCUCAUAUUUUCUUCUUGUGGAGCCUUACCGACGUGACAAGCGUGCCACACUUGUUCCAGCCAUAUUCACUUUAUUGUUGUUUCGUCAGGACACAGUGAAUCUUUUGUUUCGCCAUUUUGUGCUGUUCUGUUGCACCUUAUUCAGCUUUGCGUAAAUGUGUCUUUACUAUAGUUUUUGUUGAAUGAAGACAGGCACAAAACCAAUAUCAGUAUUAUUUGUGAAAAGCACUGUGAUACAAGUCAGAGGAAACUGAAGGCAGCUGUAUAUUUUGUUCUCUUGUUUGAAAAGGAUUUAAUUGUCUCUAUAUUAGGCUUCAAGUCAUAUUGAAUUGAAAACGCACAGUAUCGAAUGUGGCCCAUGCUCUCGUGUACGAUGUGAAAAUGUGACAUCUACUGUAUCAUCAGCCAAGAACUGAAGGUGUAAUAGAUUGCACUAUAUAUUAUAAAGGAUUUAUUUUAUGUGAA